CUACACACUGCACCUUUAAAACAACAGUCAAGUGCCUAAAUAACGUUACAAUACUUGCGUAAACGCACUAAGUUACAUUCCGCCGCCGGUUUUGUGCUUAUACAAAACAUUGUUUGGAAAUGUUUUGCCUUUUUUUCCGCCUUAACACUCCUCGCGAUGUCAGGUGCAGGACGUGGGAUUUCUUGAACCCGGAAAAUAACGUCAGAGUGGGAGCUCUUCCUCUGCACACUAUCUCUGUCAUCCGUGGUGACGUCUCCCCCUCCAACCGGUCAGUGUGCUGUGUUAGUAGCUGGUAGGCAGCUAACUGCUAGCUGAGCUACCUCCUCCGCCUCUGAAGGCAGGCUGAACGGAUCCGUGAAUGAACCCCCGCACCUCAAUGCAUCUCCUGUGGCCGCGAUGGCAGCGACAGAAACGACGGCGGCAGCUAGCCCCCUCUCUCGCCACUACAGGAGGAUGCUGAAGCUGUUCGGUGCUCUGGUUAUCCUCGGACUGGCCCUGGCGUGCAUCACCUCCUGGGUGCUGGACAGCUAUGACACGGCUUGGCACCCUAAACGGAGCGUUCAGCACCCGACUGUCGGUGAUGGAGAUGGAUCCAAGGGGAGUUCUCCACCAUUUCCCGGCGGCGAGUUGAACAACAUAUUCUGGUUUAUACAGGUGUCUGACAUUCAUAUUAGCCGCUUUCAUGAUCCAAGACGCAUUCCAGAUUUUGAAAAGUUCUGCACUGACACCAUUGAAGUCAUGAAACCAGCUCUGGUGCUCGCAACAGGGGAUCUGACGGAUGCAAAAACAGAGAGUAAGGUGGGUUCUCUGCAGCACGAGGUGGAGUGGCAGGCCUACCACAACGUCCUGAAGAGGUCACGUGUGAUGGAGCGCACUAGGUGGAUUGACAUCCGUGGAAAUCAUGAUGCCUUCAACAUAAUGUCAUUGGACAGCAUCAACAAUUAUUACCGGAAAUACUCGGCUAAUCAGAAAGUAGGCUCCUUCCACUAUGUACACAAAACUCCCUUUGGAAACUACUCCUUCGUCUGCGCGGAUGCCACUCUGACACCAGGACCCAAGAGGCCGUACAAUUUCUUUGGUAUUCUCAAUCAGACUCAAAUGGACUUGCUGGACACGUUCAGAGCUGAGAGUCUGAAAAGCAACCAGUCGAUCUGGUUCGGCCACUACACCACCUCCACUGUCGUGUCCCCUUCUCCGGGAGUUCGGGAGAUGAUGAGAUCUGCUGUUGCUUAUCUGUGUGGUCACCUGCACACACUGGGCGGCCUGAUGCCAGUCCUCCACAGUCGACAUCCCCAAGGUACCCUAGAGCUGGAGCUGGGCGACUGGAUGGACAACCGCAGGUACAGAGUUCUGGCCUUUGACCAUGACCUGCUGAGUUUCUCUGACCUGAAGUUUGAGCAGUGGCCUGCAGUGCUCAUCACCAACCCCAAGGAUGCCCAGUACCUGCAUCCUGGAGUGGAGCCUCUGGGCCGGAUACGGAGAUCCACACACAUCAGGAUCUUGGCCUUCUCAGAGGCCCAAAUCACAGCGGUGCAUGUGAGUGUAGAUGGGGAACCUUUGGGGAAAGGCCUCUCUGCCGGAGGCCCCCUCUAUGUGCUGCUGUGGGAUCCGUCUCUCUACCUCACUGGGCUGCACACAAUCAGAGUUAAAGUGGAGGACUCGGCAGGCCGGUCAUCAGUACGGGAGCAGCACUUUACUCUGGAGGAUGACCUGACUCCCAGCUUUGGUUUUGCGCAGUCCUUCAUCCUCCUCACAGACCACUAUAUCUUGGGCCGAGUGGCCUUUAUCUUUAUGAUGCUGCUGAAUGUCGGUGUGCUGCUGGCCUUCAGGUUCCUGCGGGUUCCUUCUGGCAGAGGAUUGUCCUCCCAGGCAUGUAUGUCACUCCACCUGGUCAGUAAAAUGGACACCUUCUACUACUCUCUGCUGCUGUUCAACCUGUGUACAGCCUUAGGUCCAUGGUUUAUAGGAGAGCUGAUAGAUGGCCACAGUGGUGCCUGCUUCGCCUUCGGGGUCUUCAUUGAUGGACACUUCCUGGAGGGCAGUCUCACUUACGUUGUCGGAGUCGUUCAACUGCUGUUCUUCAACAUGCCGCUCACCUCUUACCUCUGCUGGAGCCUCCAACACCGUUGCCGCGGCAACACCUUCCGAUCCCACUUCCUGCGGCCAGGCUGCCGCUGGCGGACUCUAGCGGUUCACUUCUUCAUGCUGCUGCUGCUCACCUGGCAGGCCCACUCCUGCUACUUUCUCCUGGAGACCUACGGCCCCAUGGCCUUUUUCCUGUCUCCGGUCCGCACGUGGGCAUUAGGGCUCAGUCUGCUAUUGGUCUACCGCGCCUGGACAGGCCCUGCCCCUCUUGUUCGUGACAACAGCAAGGGCGUCUCUCCCUCUUGACAGUAAUUGCACUGUACCACCACAAUUUCCUUGAGCCUGACUCACAGAUACAUUUUGUGGUCUCUAUCCACCCUGAAAGCCUCAAUUUUCUCCACACAGCAGCCCCCUCCUUCAUUUCUCUUCUCCCUCCAAAGCCACCUCACAGUACAUCAUUCACUAUCCUGUUUCUAGAUAGUAUUGUUUACUUAAUAUGCAUGUUAUUGUAAAGCACCGGUGAGCACAUUUCUGGCCAUAUUCAUUGCAAUGUGUACAGUGUAAAAAAAAAGACGAAAAAAAACACAUACAUGGAGGGUGAAAUAGCCUAUAUGAGCUAUGUGAAGACUAGUCCAACGUAUGCUGCAGUUGACAGUAUAUAAGAGCUGUAUUCUGCUGUGGUUUAAGCUGACUUGUUUACUUGAGCUUUAGCACUUUUUGGAAGUGUUGCCUUGGCCGAAUGCCACUUCACCACUGCCAAAGGAUGAAUAAGAGAGAUUUAACCUUUCAUUCUUCCAUCUGAAAACCAUUUUCAUUCACUAAUGAAGGCUGGAUGUGCCAAACCAAUCCUCGUGUUUACCUUCUGACACACAAAUCAUGUGGAUAAGAAAGGUGUUGCGCCUCAUUUUGUAUACUAUAAGCUUUUCCUAACUUCCCAUGUCGGACAGAGCGCGGUAGUUACUCUGAUGAAGAUGACAUAGGUGAGGCAACCUAGACGAUCAUAAUUUCAAAGUUUUGUUCUACACAAUCACAGGAAAUCAAAGGAAGGAAAUUACAAAACAAUGAAGUAAUGUAGUUGAUCUGUGUACAAGUAGUUAUUGAUUGAAAGUGUUUUUAAAUCAACUUAAUUCCACUGCAAACAACUGCCACUAAACACUUCUCAAUAUUCGCAUUAGAAGAGUCAUAUCAAAAGUUAAACGCCAGUUUUCACCAAAACAGAGAAGCCGGCCUGACUUCUCAUGCUCCUUAAAAACGUGAUUACAGAAAGCAGCUGUUUGUUUCUCAGGAAUGUGAGCACUCGAACAAUAGGCUGGUCCCAGAAGUAUUUCAGGACAAUGUUUUUAUACUCCAUCGUAGCUCAGUGAACUAAAACCAUGUAAAACAAUCGACGUGUGGUGGCUUAAAAAAACAAAACAAAAAUGAAUGUGUUAUAGCUGUGGUGAAAUGAGAUGAACCAGUACUAUGCUGUUUUUAUUUAUUCAUUCUGAUUGUAUUGUGUGAUUAAUUUCUUUUUCUUCCCUCUCAUGUUAUAUAUCUGCACUGGAAAUGGGCAUUCUUCACCCGAGGAGGCCAGUCCUACCUCAUGGUGAGUGUGAUUAGGAAGAUUAUAAGAGCAUUCCCUGCGUUGGAACUUUUGACAAUUUGCGUGUGAAAACAUGUUUUGUCUAUAUUGUUAAAAAUUGUUAAGUUCUUUUUUGUGACAGUGUGGGAGCAGUAAACUGUGUAUGUUGCACGUCAGUCCUUUCUAGUCAGUAGUAGCAGGUGCCUGGAUUCCACAAGAGCAAACUGAUCUAAAAAAGUACGUAAAUAGGGUGAAGACCACUUUUAUAAAGUCUUUUAAUAGAAGCAAUGUUCCAAAGGAGUUGGAUCCAAGAAUUUUUAUUUUUUUUUAAACCAUACCCAGCAUGAGUGCAGAAUAAUUGCUCAGUGCUGUGAUAAGACUAGCAGUUUAAUAUUAGAACAACUCCAAGACACUGAGAAAAUCUAAUUAUGUGUUCUCUUGCUGGCAAUGGUUUAAUAACUUUUCCUCUCUGCUCAGAAAAGUCUUUUUCAUUUGUACAAGAGCACUACCAAGUGUAUAAUUCCAGUGUAAAGGCUGAGCAAAAGCUGAACAGUUCUUCUCUAACGAUGCUCAGGACCUCUCACAUGCUAUAUAAUCUGUCCACAAGGAGGCAGUAUUGAAUGGAUUUGGAGGGUUAAUGGGAAAUGACUGUUGCAUCUGUGCUAUGAGCCUUUUAUUUCACUUCCACUUAAUUAAAGCAUGGUACUGUUAUGUUUUGUUUUUUUUGUUUAUUUUUCAGAAAAGCACCAAAACAAUGUCUUGAAGAGACAGGUUUGAUAGUUUAAUUGAUACUCACUGAUCAUGGUUACUAUGAAUCUGGUUGUGAUUGUUCUGUACUGUACACUGAUUUGACUGUUCACAAGGAAAACAGACAUCGACUCCACCGCUACAUCUCUGAGAGAACAUACUGUGGGUGAUGUACCUGCUGUUCACUUGACUUAUUCUGCAUCCCCCUCCUAUGUUCAAACACUUAAAUAUAUAUAUAUAUAUGAAUUACUAGAUGAUGAUUUUACACCUGCCACAUAUUUUUUUCUUGUUACAACUGAAAUUAGAGCCAACCACAUUUUUUUUAAUUAUUGGUUUAUAGUGCUGUGGAAUAAAAUGUUCAUUACAGUAAAUCA